UGGUCCCGUUUUCCCUCCAUAGCAGUCCACCAACUACCCAUUCAAUUUUCAUUCAAAAUUGGAUCCUCAUCGAUCCUCAUUAAAAUAUAUUAUGAGAAAAUCGACGGGAAUCAUCUAUGAUUCCAUAUAUACAUCAUACUUCGUAAUUCCUAUUGAAGCCUCGGAAAAUGCAGAGCCAAUCGUUUGGACUCUCUCCGACGCUCCCGUCUCCGAAGCCUCGGGCCCUGUUAACGAGCCUUAGAUGCAAUCCGGUACGUGUUUCUUGCUCUUCGUCGCCAAAGCUUCGCGAUCUUAGUGCGUCUACAGAUGCAGUCUCGGUUAAAUUUACUAGGCGGUCGUGGAACUUGAGUUCGUCGCCUUUGGGGCUCAGGCCAUGGGCCUCCGUUCCUGUUCCCGCCAGAAAUGAGCGUUUCGAGACCAGAGCCGCUGCUGUGCCCGAGAGCGCAGCGGAGGGCGAGAAGUCUGGUAGUUUGGUGGAGACACUCCAGCUUGGAUUGUUGAUUGGCCUCUGGUAUCUUUUCACUGUUUUAUUCAGCAUCUACAAUAAGCAGGUUUUGAAGGUCUACCCAUUUCCAGUUACCGUCACCAUGUUUCAAUUUGCCAUUGGGACUGUACUUGUUACGUUAAUGUGGACUCUCAACCUCUAUAAGAGGCCAAAAGUCAGUGGCGCACAGCUCGCUGCAAUUCUACCGCUUGCUGUGGCGCACACUUUAGGAAAUCUUUUUACAAUUAUGAGUCUUGGGAAAGUCGCUGUUUCUUUCACUCACACAAUCAAAGCUAUGGAGCCUUUCUUUUCUGUUGUCCUGUCCGCCAUGUUUCUCGGAGAGAUUCCUACUCCCUGGGUGGUUGGUUCCCUUCUACCAAUUGUUGGCGGAGUGGCACUUGCAUCUGUGACCGAGGCUUCUUUCAAUUGGUAUGGAUUUUGGGCUGCAAUGGCUUCCAAUUUGACGAACCAAUCCCGCAAUGUCCUCAGCAAAAAGGUCAUGGUCAAGAAGGAGGAAUCUGUGGACGACAUUACUCUUUUUUCAAUAAUUACAAUUAUGUCUUUGUUCUUGAUAGCCCCAGUGGCUAUCUUUAUGGAAGGUGUCAAGUUUACCCCUGCAUAUCUGCAAUCUGCUGGAUUUAAUGUCAAUCAAGUAUGCACUAGGGCUCUUCUGGCCGCACUCUGCUUUCACGCUUAUCAGCAGGUUGCUUACAUGCUAUUGCAAAGGGUCUCCCCUGUUACCCACUCUGUGACCAAUUGUUUGAAGCGCGUUGUCAUCAUUGUCAGUUCCAUUUUAUUCUUUCGUACACCCGUCUCACCUAUUAGCUCUCUAGGUACCGGUGUGGCUAUUGCCGGAGUUUUUCUGUAUUCGAGGGUGAAGCGUAUUAAGCCAAAGCCUAAGACUACUUGAAGUUCUAUUUUGUUUUCAAAUUGGUUGACAGUAUUAGAUUGCUGUAGGUCAGGCUGGCUGGGAACUUAAUU